UUUGUACAGGAAAUUUUCGACGACCAUCCAAUCCAAAUUAUUAGACCGUCGCGCCGCGUCUAUAUUCUUUCUAGCGCAUAUCUAAUAUAAAAUUUCCUGGCCCUCUGUAUUAUUUCUCGACAUUCACUUUCGCUUCUCAUGCAAUCAUAAUGUUUCCGUUUUACAGCCGCGGGGCGCGGCUUCUUUCGCCUAGUGUACAGUCCCUAUACCGAAAAGCCAUUUUACCCACGGCCUCAGUCCGCACAGCGCGCAGCCGCCUUUACGCGUCGUUGCAGAAUCCUCCAGACUCGGGCGAGGACAAGAAACGCGAGCCACUCUCCGAAGACGCUUCAAAGCCUGGACUCGGUGAUCAUGACAAGAAGCCCGCGCCGCCCGCUUCCGCAAACGUCAAGGAAGAGGUUGAAUUGCGAGGAAAAGCUGCAUCAUGUUGGGGUUUGCUGGGACACCCAAAGAAUAGCCCGGAAGUGGUAGAGAUGUGUUGGAAUCUUGCAAAUGCCGCCACUGCUCUUGAAAUUGCGCAUUCUGCCCUCGAAAAGUUUCACAGUUGUUUGCGGAAGAGCAAUUUGAAAUUUGAUUUGGCAUAUCAGAUCUUGCAGGAGAGGUUGGGAAUAUCGCCCGAUCAGCCCAUGAAGUUUGAAUAUGGUCGCAAUCCUGAACUCUUCCGCGUACUUUUACGCCGUGUAGCGAAAGAUGCUCCGCCCACUGAUCGCGAGGUGAUGCAGCUGCAGACCGAACUGGGUAUAGACCCCAAAGAAGCAGCUAUGGGCGCCACAAAAGCAGAAGGGAUGCCUGACGAGGUACACGCCAGCGUUAGGCGAGCCUGGGAGUGGUUGGUACUAGAGGUUGCGGCGGCGAAGAAAAAGGGAGUAAAGGUCAAGACCUUGACCGGUCCUGCUUCUGAUGACGGGGAAGUGCAGCGAUUGACAAAGGCGUUGGGCGUUCUCAAAGGCGCCAUGGGCGCAGAUAAAGGGGCUGCCGGGAAGACUGCAACUGCCAAGGCAAAAGCCAAGAACAAGGGGUCGACUUCGGACUCCAGUAAGGCGGACGCCCCUGGACAGCCCACGAUAGAGGCGGCCAAGAAGGUGCAUGUGAACCCGUUAAAAGAUUUGAAAAACCUUACAAAGUCGGAAAUCGAGGCAUUCAGAGCCCUGCAAGGCGCCUCGGACAAGGACGGACCUUCUGACACACCAGGAAGCCCGACCGUGGUAGAAAAGAAGGGGAAGCCCUACAGUAUACACUACGUCAAAGCCAACGACUUGGAGCUUCAACCAAUUGAAAAGCCUCAGCCGCCAGUCCCAGGGGUGCAGUAUGGGUUGGACCGAGUGCUCUUCAACCCGGGGGUCUAUCACUUGCAAUGCCCGAGGACGCAGGUAUACAAUUUUGACCCUUACCUCGCUAAGAUCAUGCCCAUCGAGGAGUUUGACUUCAGUGCCCUCAAGCAAUACGUGACCUCGUCCAAGGAUCAUACGCUCAUCAAUAUGGCUGCGAGUCUCGGCAAGAAAUAUACGGGGUCUACAUCGAGCAUGACGGCUUCCCUAGCCCACUUUCACUACCUCAUCUCGAGUUGGCGGACCAUUACCACCAAGAGCCUUACCAAAGAGACACCGGUUGAGUCUUACAACUUCACCCGGAUAAUGCGCGGCCCCGCGGCAGCGUUUCUACAUUACAAGGAUGGCACCUAUGCCAUCGAUGCAGAUAAGGAGUUCGACAGGAGUACUAUCCUGAGCUUGCUUGGCAAGUCUAUGGAGAAACUGCUUACCCUACCCAAGGAGGAGUUUGAAAAUUAUCAUCGAGACAGAUCACACCUACUUAGCGAGUCCGCGCGCGAGGAUCCCGAGGCUUUCCAUUACACAACACUAGGCGAUUUCCUGAUGCGGUCUCAACUCGACGCGCACAACCCCAGGCUGCCGGGGACCGGGAUGUUCGACCUCAAGACGAGGGCGGUGCUCUCGAUCCGUAUGGAGUCGACAAACAUCCAAAACGGCCGUGGGUACGAGAUCCGCCAGCGCUUUGGCGAAUUCGAGUCAUUUGAACGCGAGUAUCUCGACAUGAUCCGGUCGGCCUUCCUCAAGUACUCGAUGCAGGUGCGGAUGGGCCGCAUGGAUGGCAUCUUUGUCGCCUACCACAACACGGAGCGCAUCUUUGGCUUCCAAUACAUACCACUCGAGGAGAUGGACUACACGAUCCAUGGGACGACGGACCGCCAGCUCGGCGACGCCGAAUUCAAGCUUAGCGUGACGCUGCUGAACAAGGUCCUGGACAAGGCCACUGCGCGGUUCCCCGGCAAGUCUUUGCGUCUGCACUUUGAGACGCGUGAGAGCGUGACGCCCUUCAUGUACAUUUUUGCCAAGCCCGUGUCCGAGGCGGAAAUCAACGAGGCGCAGGAAGCGAACAAGGCCGCCGUCGAGAAGUUCGAGAAGGAGAUGUUGGGCUUGGAUCCGGUGCCGGAGCCUGCGUGGGAGGCCGAGGACAAGGUCACCGAGGACCUGGACCUUGUCAACGAGGAUGAGGAAGACAUAUCUUCUGUGGAGAAUCCUGACGAGCUGGGCCAGGAAAUGUGGGCCGAUAUGAUGGACCGCGUCGAGGCCGCCAUGGAAGACGAUGCACGAGGGAUCGCCGCAGUCAGGGAGGCUCUCGAGCGUGCUCUAGAGGAGAGUGGGCUGUUGGUCAACCACUCGCCUGAAAAUUCCAAGGCCCAGGUCGAUGCCCUCCUGUCUGCGAUUACUAGUCCUGACCUCAGGGCCACAGCUGAAAGUAUCCAGACUGUCGGCACUAUGGAGAAAGGCGUCAUAAGUCCAGAUGAGGGCGCCGAGACUGCGGACAAAGGAGAAGCCAUCGUGGCUGAGAGUGAGCCUGUCACUCUACCCGAUAGCAAGGACACAGAUGUUGACUCGGCCGCAGUCAAGGAAACGGCAGAGUUCUCACUCAAAGAUAUGAUACUCGGACUGGCUGCUCGGGCGCAGACCACAACCACUGCUAUGGAUCCUCCCGAAAGGGAUUCAGACGAUUACGUGACGCCGCGCGAAACUAUGCGGAUCAGAAAGUUUGAGAGGAUCCUGUCCGAGAUGCUUUCUGGCUCCAAGGAACCAGGCGACGAGAACGCCGCCUCAGCCAAUAUCGAGGCCAAGAUGAAGCAGGCCGACACGAUCAGUAACGCCAAGUCCUCGGAGAGCAGCACAGCGGACAGCGACACGGAUGGCGGCGAGCUGCUUGGGAUAGUGUUGACGGCACGUAAUAUGGUGAACAAUCGCUUGGUUGAGCGGGUAUAUGGCAAACCGAAAGACUGGAGCCUCGCAUACUCUAUCGAGGAGAUGUCCGAUAUUAGCGCGAAAAGGAUAUACAGCGCAGUCAGGGACCGGCGCCGCAAGACGUUCGAUCAUACGUCGCAAGUGGACGAGCAGGUAAAUUCCCGCCAGCGGGAGUUUUUAGAGAAGCUACGACGUGUCUCACUCGAAGGUAUGAAGUACCGCCAGGCGCAGAACGAGAAAGACAGCAAGAAUCCAGUUUAUGUGCUGGGCAAGGAGGAGGCCCUGGACUACCGGGAGGUCUUUGGCGACCUGCCCAAGGUCCAAAAGGAGUGUGCCGAUGACGGCGCGGGCGGAGACACGGAGAAGACUGAGCGAGUAGCAGAUGAGGACGUGAAUCGUGGGUUCGUGGAUCCUUGAACUGAGCCAGUGUUUGGAGGAGAAGUUCGCAUUGUAAUACAUACCUGAUGUUGGGGACUGACCCCACAACUCAUUGUACAAAACCUCUAGUUCUAUCUUGUUCCCCGCGAAGAUGGGUAUAGACAAGACAUAUUUACCUCCCUGAUCUGUUUGUACUAUAGUCACAUAGAUAUGAUACUCUUUUUUUUUUU